AUGUCGUCGACAGCACCCAUGAGCUUCAAGGCGGCCCGCUACGUUGCUUUAGCGGCUUGUACCGCCGUGGCAUUAGCAUGCGGUACCAACUAUGUUUACUCGGCCUACGCACCACAGCUUGCUAGGGAAUUACACUUGUCGACAACGGAAAGCAACAUCAUUGGCACGGCUGGGAACUUUGGAAUGUAUCUGUCUGGUAUCCCUGCCGGUAUGCUGGUUGAUCGAAAGGGUCCACGGCUAGCGAUAUUGAUUGGUGCUUUUUCGUUGUUUGCUGGGUAUUAUCCGAUUUACAGAGUUUUUGAUGCUUCUGUGAAUAUUGGUGUUGGAUGGUUGGCGAUAUUCUCCACGCUCACCGGUAUUGGAAGCUGCUUCGCCUUUAGCGCCUCCAUCAAAGUUGCUGCAUUGAACUUCCCCAAGAGUAGGGGCACGGCGACAGCACUACCACUGGCAGCCUUCGGUCUGAGCGCCUUCUUCUUCUCGACAUUGGCAUCAUGGCUAUUCCCUGGAAACACCUCCGACUUCCUUCUUGUUCUCUCCACUGCUACGGCUUCAAUUGUAUUCGCUGCUUUCUUCUUUAUACGAGUAGUGCCUAGGCCAGGCGCAUACUCCGCCGUCGCAACUACUGAGCCAGAGAUUUCAACCAAUCGACUACGUCGCACCAAGUCGCGAGAUAGUCACACUAGUUUCGAUAUUGAGCCAGGUAUGGAAGCCUCCAACGUCCACUUUCAAGUGCCUGUGGACGACGGGACGGAAGAGGAGGGUAUACGCAGUGGAAGCAUUUCCCCCACACCGCCACACUUAAACCCUACCCUGACAAUAACUGCUGCAACCCCUACCCCCAACCCAUCCAGUCCCAUUACACCGGGAGCCGCAACCCCCGCGGCUUCCACGACACCGGCACCUAUCGACGACGAACGGACGUCAUUCCUGUCGUCGUCGUCUGAUUCAUCAUCGUACGGCACCAAGGACAACGUUGUUCGAAGAAACCUUAAUGAGCCACCAGUCGAUUCGAGGAGAGCGUCCGUUGAUGGUCUGCAACAUCUAGAUAUUCGAGGUUGGGCAUUAGCGCGGCAGCCGGAGUUUUGGAGACUUUUCUUGAUGUUGGGGGUUUUGACAGGUGUUGGGUUGAUGACCAUAAAUAAUAUUGGGCAUUCGGUCAAAGCAUUGUGGUACGCCUUCGACCCGAAGAAGGACUCCAAGGAAGUUGAGCGCGUCCAGGGUGUUCACGUCUCGAUUCUCUCGCUCUGUAGCUUCUCCGGCCGGUUAAUAAGCGGAACCGUAUCCGAUGUCCUCAAGAAGAAAUUCGGGUACUCUCGCGUCUGGCUGGUAUUCGCCUCUAGCAGCGUCUUCCUACUCGGACAAUUUGCUGGAAUGGGGGUCAGCAAUCCUCAUAGUCUAUGGCUCGUUUCCGGGCUAAACGGAUUCGGCUACGGCCUCGUAUUCGGUGUCUUCCCCACCAUCGUCUCAGAAGCCUUCGGUCUCCAUGGGCUCUCGCAAAAUUGGGGCACCAUGACCCUCGGACCCGUAAUCUUCGGUAACAUCACAAAUCUAUUUUUCGGUAAGAUUUAUGAUGGACAUUCACAACAUAUGGAAGAAGGGCGAUACGAGUGUUUGGAGGGGAUUGGGUGUUACCGAUCUGCAUAUGCGUUGACUGCGUUCGCAAGCGUCGCGGUUAUGAUCACUGCUUUGUGGGAUAUCUUCAUACACCGAAGGGAGAAUGCGGGGAAGAGGAAGGUCAUGACGGCGACCGGGGCGUUUGUGCAUUAA